AUGGCAGGUAUACCUGGACGUCCAGGCCUUUCCGGCCUGAUAGGCGAACCGGGCAAACCGGGACCUCCAGGAUCGGUGGGAUUUCAGGGAAGAAAAGGGAUAUCACCGAAAGGAGAACGCGGCAUAGACGGACUCCCGGGACAGCCAGGACAUACUGGCCCGCCCGGUCUAAAAGGUCCCAAGGGCGAACGCGGAGACGCAGGACGGCACGGUCGACCGGGCACGAUCGGGUUCCAGGGGCUGCCGGGUCCCAGGGGUCAACGAGGACCGCCAGGUCUAAAAGGCAAGCUUGGAGACCCAGGUUUAGAUGGGCCACCUGGUUUCGAUGGAAUAGAAGGGCCGCCAGGUCCCCGAGGAUUCCCAGGUGAUGAGGGACCAGCGGGAUGGCCAGGACACAAAGGCAGAGACGGUAUCCCCGGACUCCCAGGACUUCCCGGAGAGAGAGGAAACAUGGGCUUGCCAGGCUAUCCAGGACCGCCUGGUCCUAAAGGAUUCCCGGGAAUGGGCGACCCAGGCUUCCCAGGCAUACCAGGCCCCAAGGGCGACUCAUCCUUCAGCGGAGAAAAGGGAGAUGAGGGCGAGUCAGGUUUUAAUGGACCUCCAGGUUUUGACGGAAGACCGGGGUUGGGUUACAAAGGCGAGAAGGGACUGCCGGGUCGGCCAGGCGUGAACGGAAUACCUGGAAGGAAGGGUGCUAGAGGGGAUCAAGGCCCCUUAGGGGCUAAGGGCGAGAGAGGAGACGAAGGAAGGCCGGGGUACCCUGGCGUUAGGGGCAAAGAUGGACUACCGGGGUAUAAGGGCAUGGAAGGAGAACCUGGACUAAUUGGAAGACCUGGAAUGCCCGGUGACAUGGGACUACCUGGACUGACAGGCCCAUCUGGGUCCAAAGGAAUCAAGGGAGAUCGAGGUAUCAAAGGUAUCAUCGGCGACAUAGGGCUGCCAGGCUUCGAAGGUCCUAGAGGAGAACGCGGAGAGCCAGGUUAUCCUGGCUUGACGGGUGAGCCGGGAUAUCCAGGAUUGCCAGGCGUGAGAGGAGAUGAAGGGCCACCUGGACCCCCGGGACUGCCGGGGCAGAACCCUGAGCCUGGAGAGCCAGGAGUUCCUGGAUUCGACGGGUUGCCAGGGUAUCCGGGAACACCAGGACAGAAAGGAGCACCAGGCCAGAUGGGUUCAGAAGGACCGAAGGGCGUGGCAGGAGACAGAGGCAUCGACGGUAUCCCCGGAUUUCCUGGAGGGAUAGGAGAGAAGGGAGAACCGGGAGAUUGGACAAACGAUGCAUCCAAGGGACAGAAGGGCGACGUGGGAUUCCCGGGCAUCGAUGGACCAUCAGGACCUAGAGGAAAAGAUGGCCUGCCAGGGUUACCGGUAAGAAUUUGUUCAUGUGAUGGAAUUCCACCUAUCGAUCCAUAG